GCAUGGCUGCGAUUCGUAAGAAGCUGGUGAUAGUGGGAGAUGGCGCAUGCGGGAAGACAUGUCUGCUCAUUGUCUUCAGUAAAGACCAGUUCCCUGAGGUCUACGUGCCAACUGUCUUCGAGAACUACGUAGCAGACAUUGAAGUAGAUGGCAAACAGGUCGAACUGGCUCUUUGGGAUACGGCAGGACAGGAGGAUUACGACAGGCUGCGUCCUCUGUCUUACCCCGACACCGAUGUGAUUCUCAUGUGUUUUUCCAUUGAUAGCCCUGACAGCUUGGAGAACAUUCCGGAAAAGUGGACGCCUGAGGUCAAACACUUUUGCCCAAAUGUACCCAUCAUCCUUGUGGGCAACAAGAAGGAUCUGCGGAAUGACGAGCAUACACGUCGUGAGCUGGCCAAAAUGAAACAGGAGCCAGUGAAAGCAGAGGAGGGACGGGACAUGGCCAAUCGGAUUGGAGCAUUUGGUUACAUGGAAUGUUCAGCCAAGACAAAAGAUGGCGUUCGGGAGGUGUUUGAGAUGGCCACUAGAGCGGCGCUACAAGCACGUAGGGGCAAGAAGAGCACCAAGUGUCUUCUGCUGUGAAACCACAGCACUCGGACUCUGCCCAAAUCCACGGGCUUAAUAAGAGAGAAAGUGUGUGUGUUUCUGUGUGAGUGUGUGAUGGACACACUCACAUUUACACACCAUCCUUUCAUGACCCAUCACACACGCCAAACGCUUUGGGAGACAACUCCUGGAACAUAGUUUUCUUUUUUGUAAUUUUUUUCUUAGUGUUUUUGUUUUAGGUAAAGAAUCUUAUCAGUAUUUAAAAAUCAAGGCGGAUGACUGGGACUUGUUUUUAAGAAGCUUUACCAGACUUUGUGAUAUCAUCGCCCCUCCUACCUGCCAAAAUGCUGUCAAGUUACUAUGUGAGUUGUCUGGAGAAGGGCGGUCCUACAAGCUGCCAAUCAAGUGCUCUGCCCAGCCUUCACAUGCUGUGUCUUAUUGUUUAGUUUCUUUGAACAUGAUACAGGGCUGAAUAACUGCUUUGAUCUGUAGUUUCUGUAUGUAUGAAUCAUUUUUAAUAAAUAUUUAGGGGCAGUGGGACAAUAAGUUAAUUGUUUAAAGCAAAAAAAAAAAAAAAAAAAAAAAGAAACUGAAAAAAACAUGUAUACAGAUCUGUACAUAUAAAAAUGUGUGUAUCUACAUGUACACGCAGUCAUGACUGGA